UGACGCGCUCCGCAGCCGUCCAUGCAUUUCUAUGGCAGCUUCCCCCACCGCCAUUUUGGGAGUCAGAAUCUUAACAGUGGCGGUGAGAGGCUGAAGACGUCCAUGCCUUUGGUGUCUUUAAUAUGGUUCACACGUGUGUGGUGGCAGGUUGUCGGAACAGGAGAACUCCCGGCACCGCCUUGUCCUUCUACAGGUUCCCGCGGGACCCGGAGAGAAAGCAGCGCUGGAUCGCCGCUGUGAAUCGUGAGGGCUGGAUGCCAAAUGAGGGCAGCAGACUCUGCAGCACACACUUCAUUUCAGGUAGACAAGUAAAGAAUCCUAGGUCUCCAGACUACGUCCCUUCAGUUUUCACCUCUGCUGCCCUCUCCUCAAAUAUAAAAGAACCUAAUCACUUUGAGCCUUACGACAAACAAGAAGCACAAGUGGAGGCUGCCAAUGCCUUGCUUUUCCUGCAAGGCCAAGCACGUUUAAAUGCAGAUGUUAGCCAUGACCACUGUCAAGGAGAUCCUGAAAGUGCAAGCUCCUCCCUAAACAGUGAUGAUGAAGAGGAUGACGAUGACGAUGACGACGACGAUGAAGUAGAAGAAGAAGAAAGUCUAACGGAAACUGAAGAGCGGAACAAAGAGAUGCCACUCAGAAAUAGUUCCACACAGUUAGUUAACUAUGAGGCCAGUCUCAAUGCCCUGAAAAAGGAGAACACGGAGCUAAGGGAAUCGUUAGAGAAGAUGUCACUCACUGAAGCCUCUUUCAGGAAUGAUCCAGAAAAAGUUCAGUUCUAUACCGGAUUGCCAAACUAUUUUGUGUUUGAGACAGUAAUGUGGCUGCUCGUGCCCCACAUGAAGGGGGACAGAAAUGCCAAGCUUUCAAAGUUCCAACAGUUACUUCUGACAUUAAUGAGACUUAGACUUGAUCUUAGGAAUCAGGACUUGGCCUAUCGUUUUGGAGUUAAAGUUACCACGGUAACCAGAACUGUUCACCGAAUCAUCAACAUAAUGUUUACCACUCUUGUACCCACUGCUGUCUAUUGGCCAUCUAGAGUGGAACUCCGGAAAAACCUUCCAGCAGCUGUGAAAUGCUCACAUCCAGACUGUGCCGUGAUUAUAGACUGCUUUACGGUGUCCCUUGAAAAAGCAGUCAGUGUAGAUGUAAAUCCUCUAGGUGCCACAUCAACAACAGAGAUGGUCACUCAGUCGCUACACCCAGCUUCUGUCAGUGAACUCAAAUAUGUGAUUGGUGUUGCCCCCCAAGGUGUCGUCAUGUUUGUCUCCAGGGGGUCGCCUGGUAAUGUUAGUGAUAAGACUCUAGUACAGAGUUGUGGUCUUCUCUGCAAACUCCUUCCUGGUGAUGUGGUACUAGCUGAGCGAGAUUUUGACAUUGGGGACUUGGUGGGCGCUUGCAGAGCUGAGCUCAAAAUCACUAGUAGUGAUCAGAUUGGCCGAAGUGACCAGAGUAUGAGAGAGCAGGCCUCACUGGUCACUGCAGAAAGAAUUAAUGUGUAUAAGCAUGUGGGGAGGGUCAUACAAAUGGUCAAAAAAAGAUACUCUAUGCUGACUGGACCAGUGGAGAGUCCUUUCACUGUUGUAGACCGUAGCUCAGAUGUGACCACUUUUGACAAGAUAGUACAGGUUGCCUGUGCCUUAAACAACCUGUGUAUUUCUGCUGUCCCACUAGAGUGAUUUGCAUCAUAGAGUAUGUGCAAUAUCUGGAUGAUGGGUAAUGACACUGAAGGGAGUACACUUAAUGGGCCUUGUUAUGCUUGUACUGUGCUCAUACAUUUUUUAAAUGUAUUUCAAGCCUACUAUCUUUUCAUACCCAGUUCAGUUGUUUCUAUUCACAUGAAGUCUCUCUGCAUCCUUUGACAUAAUUACUUCAGGAGAAUGAAGGCUGCACAUACUCCAGUUCCAUGUGUCGUGUGUCAUGUAAUUUUCCUUCAAAAAAAAAAAAAAAAAGACAACAUGGUGACUGUAUGUCCCAGAAUCGCAGACAAAAAUGUGCAGCUAAGGGGUUCUCAAGUGAUGCAACCAUCCAGGUGUUGGCUCUAUCGGAGAUUACAGGUUCGAUCCCAGGUGACGCUAUAGCAAUCCAUAACUGGGAGUCCAAGAGCACAAUUGGCCUUGCACUCUCUCACCCUGUCACUCAGCACAGAGGUAGCCAGUGCAGGUGUCUGUUAUCUGACACAAAGGAAUGGGCAGUAAAUGUUCUUCAAGUGUGUUCAGCUGUCUACUGACGUUGCGUGAGAAAAGUUGCAGUAACUGGCUUGUACCUGGCCUCACAAAUGCUCUUGUGGCUAAAUGUAAAUCAGAUCUUCACAGCACUGUUCCACAAUCUAGUGUGAAGGUUUCCCAGAAGAGUAGAGGCUGUCACUGCAGCAAAGGGGGACAAACUCCCUAUGAAUUCGCUUGAUUUCAGAAAAAACAUUGGAUGAGCAGGUGUCUGUCAACUUUUGGACUACAGUUUAUAGUGCCACUUAAUCGUAGUUCUGAAGUUCAGGCCUUUUAAAUUGAAACGGAACAUUCCAUGCAUACUUUGUUUUUGUUGUAUUGAUGGUAAGAUCUUAUAACCCAAUGUUAUCUCCGUGCUACAGAACAAGCCCUUUAGUCAGAGAUGGUGUUAGCAGUCCUCAUGUCUUAGUGCCUUAGCCGAUAUAAAGGCAAUACAGUGGUGUUUUUUUGUGCAGAUCCAUUUUACUUGGACCUGGCUGACAGUCUUUUGUCAUUAAACUGUAAUGACUAUUGGUUCUAUUGUUUCUUAACAAGUUGCCAUUCUGUGUUAGUGCCAUAAAGUUAUAAGACAAAGGCAUAAUAAGUUAUUAUUUUUUAUUGUUAUACCUUGUAUCAACACUAAUAACCUCUUGCAUGCUGUAUUUACUUCUAGCUGUAGUAUUUUUAUAUGUUUGUCUCUCAGCAUAUGCUGAGUUUGGGCAUUAUGUGCACUUUGUCACAUUGCUGGUGUUUCUCACUCUUCUGACGUAAUACCUAUUGCUGCAUUUGGCUGUGUUUGUACAUGACUACUGGAAAAUGAUAUAUGGUGCAUUCAGAUACACUAAUUGUACACAGACAUAUGCAGAUUUGGUGAUCUAAUUAUUGUUGCCUGGAAUUACUGCAUAUGUGAUGUGUAGAUUGUAGGAUUUGCACAAAGUCUGCAUUGCUCAAACAUAUCUUAGUCCUUUUUACUUGCUUUACAGAUGUGGGCUUGUAUGGAAAUACUGUUAUUCUUUAAUGUAGCAUCCUGUUUAUUAAAUAUACUCUAUGGA